AUGCGAGUGGUUCUGUCAGAGUGCUUGGCCUGCGGAGAGAGGGGAGAGCAGAACAAAACAGCCGCCAACUUUCUCUUCCAUGUCUGUAGAACCCGCCUGGACGCGGGUUCUGAACUGACAACAGCUUUGGAAAAGAAUCCAGAUGAUGCCGAACAUUAUUGUCAACGAGCUUACGCUUACAUUCUUCUGCAAAAAUACGCUGAUGCAGUUGCCGAUGCAAAGAAGUCCCUAGAACUCAACCCCAGUAAUGCUGUAGCACUCCUUAGAAAAGGGUUAGGUGAAUAUCAUAUCAAAAACUAUGCAUCUGCUUUAGAGGCUUUCAGAGAGGGCCAGAGGUUGGACAAUGUAGAUGAUACCUUUACUAUUUGGAUUAAAAGAUGUGAAGAAACACUAAAUGCAUCACAGACAGAAGUGCAGCAACCUCUGCCACCAAAGAUCAAAUACGACUGGUACCAAACGGAAUCUCAAGUAAUUGUGACUAUAAUGAUCAAGAAUGCACAGAAGGAUGAUGUCAGCGUGCAGUUCUCAGAGAAAGAGAUGAAUGCAUCCGUGAGACUUCCAUCAGGUGAAGACUACAACUUAAAGCUUGUUCUUCUUCAUUCUGUAGUGCCAGAGCAAAGUACAUUUAAAGUGCUUUCAACAAAG